UGUCAAGGUACUCACUGAGCCCAAGUCUUUAUUGGCACGUGACUGCGAAAACUCGCUUUGACUUCCAAAAUGCAGGAAAUGUGUUUGGUCGUGCUUGUCCGGGAUCAGAAUUCCGGCAUUUCCUUUUCUAGCACAACGUUCACCGCCACUGUACUGGUGGGCGCUGUGACUCGCGCCAGUCAAACACUAAAUCUGCCUUUUCAAGCAUCUCCGAGCCUGCGAACGAAAUAUGAUAGCUGUUGCUGGUUCAAUUCAAUAUUCCGAUAUCCGUUAACCAAAAACAAAAACCUAUUUUCAAUAUCAGGACAGCAUUGAGCAACUACAUUAUGCUUCAAUACAGUAACGCGGCGGGUUAUAAGAGCUCUGUGUCCUCUAUAAUUCUCUCAUACAUCUGCCUUGAUACUUUCAAGUUAUUCUCUCAUGAAAUCCUUCACUCGCUCCGUCUUCUUGG